AUGUACCGGAGCGACUGGUUUCCCUGUGUGGAUGAAACUGGUCAGGUAUUCAGGAAUUCAAAGCCCGGUUCCUGUGGCAGAGCUGCACGAAAGAAUCGUCAAAUCGUUCCUGAUGGAGCAGAACUGGAUGACUACUUUGCGAAAUUCUUUCCUCAUGGAUUCAUUCAUCACGUGACAACACCUGAAAUACGAGCCAGACAACACUUGCAUACUAGUAAAUUCCAGGGAAUCGAUCCACAAUGGGAUCAAGUCUCGAUGAAAAAGGCAGCUAGUGAGUUUGAGGUACCUGUGGACACACAAAUCCUCAUUUGUUGGCCCGACGUAUUUCACCGCGAUAUUCUUCUGAAAUUCCCAGAAUACCGCCGUCAAGACUCCAGUAGUGGGAGGAUUGGUGUCUUGACUCCUUGUCCUUGGUGCAAAACAAACAAAUUUGUCGUUUAUGUGGAAAAGACUGGUCUCAAUAAGAAAACGACAAGGACCGUUUGGGGAUCCCGAUCCAGAAUUCCCAUUGUUGGAGCCAGAUAUGUCUGCAGCAAUCCGGAAUGUGGUGGAAAUCCAAAAAAGGGCAAGGGCCGAAAGCCCAGCAAUGCCGACAAAGAAGGUAUCCAUUAUUUCAGUCUCACUGAGCAUUCGACUUGGUCCAUCUAUCCAGAAGAGCUCAAGGAUAGAUACAGAGAAUAUAUCUACGCUGAUAUCACUCACAUGCAGAUGUAUGUAACUGAAGAGCUUUGUGAGGAACUGCUGAAGGACGGAGCAGUAGUGGCGGAUAUGGCGAAAGACAUGGAAAAAUCCUUUGAAAAGCUGAAAACCAAAGCCAUUGCAUCCUACCUUCGAUUCGUCAGCAAGGAAAAGUCAACAACUGACCAGCCAAGAGGGCUAUCCUGGCCUGAUUUCAAUGAAAACAAUUAUUGCAAUCUCUUCAAGCCAAUGGGAGAAGGCAAGCUCCGUUUUGUGGCAUCACAAGUGGCGCUGCCACCACCACCGCUACCACCACUAAACGGCCAACAAUCCCCACCGCUACCACCACUAAACGGCCAACAACCGCCAGAAAUGGAGCUGGAACCAGAUGAACAGCCAUGGUUGCAACCGGACACGCAAGUCGAUGUUGAGGCGAAUCAAACAACAGGAACAUCUGACGCCCAGGCUGCGACAGCAACGACUGGUGUGCCUGCUGCAGCAGCAAUGCCUACUGCAGCAUCCCCUGGAGUAGUUCCUGCCCCCUCUCCAUUGGCUCCAAGAACAAGAACAGCCACUACUGGAGUUCCUAUGCAGACAACCGCUGCAAAUGCAGCCACUGCUGCAGCAACAGACAACAUCUCACCUGACAAUCAACUUGACUUUGACUGUGCCAAAGUUACCUGGAGUCAUUUUCUGGCCAUGGAAGGCAUCAAGGCGAGCAUUAGCAGCACAUUUCUUAGUGAUAGGAGACCUCUGUCACCAUUUCAGCAGGAACACUUUUGGAAACUCGACUGCACUGCAAGGCAAGUAUUUGGGUAUAGAUCCCCUCAAGAUGAUGAUGAAUUGGCUGUACAAAUUGCACGGGCUUGGAAUUUCAAACAUACACAGCUCAUGCAAUCCAAUGCGGUUGGUCUUGGUGGAUUGAUACGAGUGCCCAAUGCAAGAAGGAUGUUGAGACAGAGAGAUCAGAACGAAAUUGCGGCUCGAAUGCAGGUGCAGCCACCAACAACAGCAGCCAAGGCAAAACCACCACUGCCAAGAGCCGCAUUAGUGGCAGCAGCAGCAGCAUUACCAGAACAGCUGCCACCACGUGAACAGCCAAUAAUGAUACCAUUUUCGAGGAAAUUGAGAAAGCAGGAUAUUGACGGCCUUUCAUAUAUGGAUGCCAGAGGGUGGCUUCGUCUCGCCGGGCUGAGCUGCGCAAGUAACAAGGGGGGACGGUUAGAAACAUUGCGUCAGUUCUUUGAUAAGAAAGGUGAUGACUUUGUGCUUGAAACGUAA